CCUUUAUACGGCCUUGUUGCAUAUCUGCAACAUACCGUUUAAAUUGAGUUAUUUCGCAAUGGGUAUCAAGAAAGUGGUAUAGCAAAUUUUUUUGUAAGUCAGAAAUAUGUGUUUUUUCGAUUUUUGUAGCUGGUCGCACUUGUCCACAUGUCUUGCCAUACAAAUAUUAAAAUUUCCCGCCAAUUUAGUGAAUUGUGUAUAUGGUGUCCAAAUCAAUUUUAUAUUUGCAAAUUUUUCUAAUAACAAAAAUUUUUAAUUUGCGAACAACUACUUUUUAAAUAAGACAGUAUUUCUUACUUAGGAAUAAUGUCCGCAAGGGGAUUGACACCUUCGAAAAUCGCAAGAUUUUUUAAUAGUUUGGAGAGCGAGGACGAAUUCGAGUUUUCUGCCAAUGAAAAAAGUGAUUUCGAGCCAGACAAAGAAGAAUUGGAUGGUACGGAUGAGGACAAGCCUCAUAAAUGGGGAUAUAGAAUUUAUGUUCUUAGCGGUCAAUCAGGCUUCUGCUAUAAGUUUGAGAUAGAUUCAGGAAAUGAAAACAAAGUUUUGCCUAACGAACCAGAUCUAGGUGCGGCAUCAAACUGUGUUGUUAGAAUGGUCAGAGAAGUGCCCAGGCAUCUGAACUUUCGAAUUUAUUUUGACAAUUUUUUCAAUUCAUUGCCCAUUUUGAAAUACUUAGCGGAUGAAGGAAUUUUAGCUUUGGGUACUAUUCGAAGAAAAAGAAUUCAAAAUAACAAAACAAUUGAUAAUAUUAAUUUGAAGAAGCAUCCAAGUGGUACGUCUGUAGAAUAUGUCGCUGAUUUUGACGGAGUUGACAUAUCAGUAACAUCAUGGGUGGAUAAUAAAGUCGUAUCAUUGGCAUCCAACUAUGCUGGAAUACUACCAGAGGACAAAGCACGUCGAUUCAACAAAGCCAAAAAGGAAUACGUAGAUAUUGACCGACCCUUUGCAGUAGCACAAUACAAUAGCUAUAUGGGAGGUGUUGAUCUGAUCGACAGCAUUAUUGGAAGAUAUAAAAUUUUACUAAGAAGUAGACGCUGGCAGGUUCGCAUUUUUUACCAUCUACUCGACUUGACAGUGAGUAAUGCUUGGCUUUUGUACAAACGCGUUCACGUGAAUGCAUCAAUCACUAAACUCUUAGGAUCUUCCGAGUUUCGGAUAAAUAUUGCAGAGGUGCUAACAAAAAUUGAUACCAAAUCAAUAAUAGGAAAAAGAAGUUCUAUGCUCGAAAACGAAUUGCAGCAAAGAAAACAAAGAGGUCCUACGCAACGCGUGCCAAAUCGAAUGGUACGGCAGGAUGAAUUUGGACAUUGGCCUUUGUGGGGUGAAAAACGAAUAAGGUGCAAGUACCCGAAGUGUACGGGAUUCUCGCAAGUAAUGGGUGGGAAAUGUGAAGUGGCCUUAUGUUUCAACAAGAGAAACAAUUGUUUUAAAAAUUUCCACUUAAAUUAAAGUUUAAUAAAUAUAUUAUUAAGAUAAA